CUUUCAACAGCUUGGUUAAUCUGGUUAGAGAGUGUUGAUUCUGAGGGAUUUGCUGAGCAUUGAGUUGAGCUGAUCUGAGAGAGGAGCCUGAGGAAAGCAAUGGCCAUGAUGACAGAUGAACAGUUAGAGAAGUUCAGGGAGGAUGGCUUCGUGGCCAUUGAGGAAUUUUUCACGCCCCAGGAGUGCGACUCCCUGAGACAUCGGAUCGCAGACAUUAUCCAAGCCAUGGAUGUCCCACAGCAUUCCCGCACCGAGUUCUCAACCGACGCAGAGGAGCAGCUCAAAGCACAGGGAAGCACAGAUUACUUCUUGACCAGUGGAGACAAAAUUCGCUUCUUCUUUGAGAAAGGCGUGUUCGACAGCAAAGGUGAUUUUCUGGUACCGAAGGAACAGUCCCUGAAUAAAAUAGGACACGCUCUCCACAUAUUAGAGCCCACAUUCAAGGACCUGACCCAUUCAACUAGGGUGCAGGAGAUGGCCAGGAAGCUGUGUCUGCAGGAGCCGGUAAUCGUGCAGAGUAUGUACAUCUUCAAGCAACCUGGAAUUGGUGGUGAAGUGACCCCUCAUCAAGAUGCCACCUUCCUCAACACACAGCCUCUUGGGCGGGUGAUUGGGUUCUGGAUUGCGCUGGAGGACGCGGAGGAGGAGAACGGCUGCCUCAAUUUCAUCCCCGGCUCCCACACAAGUGGCAUUUCCCGGAGGAUGUUACGGAGCAGCCCUGGUGAGCAGUCUUGCAUCAAGUUCAUCGGAAAAGAGCCCGAUCACCCGGAGGCCAAAUUCGUAACCGUCCCAGUUAAGAAAGGUGGGCUCAUCCUCAUUCACGGAGAAGUUGUCCACAAAAGUGCGUUAAACAUCUCGGCUCGUUCCCGGCAUGUCUACACCUUCCACAUCAUGGAGUCGCAGGGAACCCUCUGGAACCCUGAGAACUGGUUGCAGCCGAGUCCAGACCAGCCGUUCCCACUGCUCUUCACUUAAAACCUUCCUUACGACGAGAGCAGCAGAGCGAGCACCAGAAUUAAUACAACCACAAGAUAACAUUUGUAUAGCAUAAGAUCCUUGCUAAAAUCACUGUUUAAUAACUCAAUUUAUAUAAAAGAAUUGAUAAGAUAUUUUGGUUGAUCUUAACAAAUGUGAGGGAGAGUUCCUUUCGAAGUCUGUGUGUUUGGGUUCUGUGACACGUUUGAUCAAAAUUUGAUGGAUGGAUGUUAUUCCUUUCCUUAGUUGCUAGAUUGGGCCCUGACAGUAAUGUGUGAUAGGACUUGGAUUGGUCAAUGUCCUGAUUAAUUGAACUCUUGAUGCCUUAGCGACUGCCUUGACCGGAUUUUUCGAUGUGAAGGUGUCAAGGAAGGAUAAUUAACUGGCAAAUUGAGCUUUUCACAGUUUGUAUCAGACAAACAGCCUGAGAUUAAACCCCGAUAACCUAUGGAGUUACCUUGGAUAAGGAAAGGUGAUUGGAUGGAUACAUUGUGGAGAUGAGUAAACAAAACAUCCUUUGGACUCCAUCUUUGGGUUAUAAGGGUCACGUGGGCUAAAUUAGGGUGUAAACGGACAGGUAACUCUAAAGUGGUUGGAAUCAUCGUAGGAGCAACAGUUGUGAGGCAGCUGGUGGUCAGUGACGUCCCCAAUGAAAUUGUAUAUCGGUUUUGUUAAUUCUUACUGCUUUAAUGUGACUUAACGAUGUAAUAAUUGUAUGUGUUAAAGCAUUGAGCUUUGAAUUGUGUAUGAUAUCAACAGACUUGUGAUCCACACCACCUGUAUUGGGUAGUCUUAUUUCUGGCGAACCUUGCAAUACCAGUAGCUCAGUGCUAGCUCUCCGGAAUAUCACGAGCCACAGUGAUUGCCUUUCAAGCGGAAACAACUGAGAUGUUUGUUGCCUGGUGGUGCAAGGGUGAUUGUAUCUUUGUGUGUCUCUUAAUCUGUGUAUGUGUGUCUCUCUUGGUGUGUGUGUGUGUGUCUCUCCCUGUUGCUCUGUGUAUGUGUGUCUCUUGCAGUGUGUGUGUCUUUCUCUCACUCUCUUGCUGAGUGUGUGUGUGUGUAUCUCUCUCUUUCUCUGGGGAAGUUGGCACUGAGGUGCCUAAGGGUUUGUGAUACUCGGACUCUGCUCUUGACACUGCAACACAGUAUGGAGCGGUCAGGACGAUCUAAACUCAAAACAUCCUGGUGAUAUGUCAGCCAAAUGUCUUCACUCAAUCUUUGACCUCCAAAGGCACAACCUAUGUCCCGCAUGUUAUUUUAUUCUUGUCAGUAUUAUAAAUCGAAACGGUCUUGUGACUUUUA